AUGUCCAUGAGCCUCUUCGCUUCUCUGUUGCCACAAAAUGGCCUGAAAGCUGCUGUCCCAUCAACAUGCCGCUGGAGUUCGACGGCCGCUGCUGUAAGCGCCUUCACCUCUCAGCGAGUAGCAGCUGGACAGAGCCGUCAAACUGUCAGCAAACGCAAGGUAGCGAAGCCAAAUCGCCUACGAUUCUUGGAGGACCAGAAGGCCCAGAACGAGAGCCGAGCCCUGGAAAAAUUCCAAACUCGCAAUUGGCAGAGCGGUGAUAUCUACGCUCCUCGAGAUCUAAGUCCUGUUGAGAUGAAAAAAUGGGGUCGUCGGCAAAGUCCCUCAAGGGAUGCUUUUGAUGCCUUGAACUUGGAUCCGUUAAGUCUAUAUAAAAACUUUUCGAUCAUGUCCGAAUACGUCUCGCCUUUAGGCCGUAUCAAGCACCGGAACGAAACCGGCUUGCGACCUGUCAACCAGCGAAAGAUUGCCAAGGCCAUUCGGAGAGCUGUAGGACUUGGCUUGAUGCCGUCUGUCCACCGACACCCUGAGAUUCUAGCUUCGGAGACGAAGGCUAGAAUGGGAGGCUUCUGA